AUGACUCUGGAAGAAAUCCACAGCCAGGAGAUGGUUACCGAAAGCACCAAUAGGAUGCAGAGCGCCGGGAAAGCAUUGAACGAGCUGCUGCUGUCUGCCCAACGCCAAGGCUGCCUUACUGCAGGCGUAUAUGAGUCUGCUAAAGUCAUGAAUGUCGAUCCAGAUAAUGUGACUUUUUGUAUCCUGGGUGCAGAUGAGGAAGAUGAAGGGGACAUUGCUCUGCAAAUUCACUUCACUCUCAUUCAGGCUUUCUGUUGUGAAAAUGACAUCGAUAUUGUUAGAGUCAACAAUAUCCAGAAGCUGGCAGAGAUUGUAGGUGCUAAUGAGGAUUCUGGAGAGCCCCAAGACCUACACUGCAUCUUAAUCACAAAUCCCAAUGAGAAUUCCUGGAAAGAUCCAGCUUUGGAAAAACUAAGCUUGUUCUGUGAGGAGAGCCGAAAUGUAAAUGACUGGGUACCCACUAUCACUCUGCCUGAAUGA